AUGAACAAAAUCUUUCAACAUAAACAUCAAAAGCUUAUUCUUCAGUGCUAUCCAGCUGGAAAAGCCACCGACAAAAAGCCGAACUCAUCAGAACUAAGCUAUUUAUUGUACUAUGCAUCAACACGUAGAGUCAAGUUGGAGAAGGUAAUUCACUUUCUCAAAGACAAGACUCAACAUGAUGCUUCAAGGAAUCGUACAGGUAACUUGCAAGUCACAUUGGCAAUUAUUAAAGAAUUGAUCAUCAAGUGUAGUGAAAAUUUGAACGUCUUUGCUCCUCAGGCCUGCAAUAUUUUCAAGAUCUGUCUCGAAACUAGAGAUAUAGCCGUGUGCAAGAAUGUGGUCAAGACAUAUGAAGUAUUGUGUGAGAAAUUGGACGGUGCGCUUUUUAGUGGUGAUAAAGGGUUUGUACAAGAUUUCACUGAUCUCACUCAACAGUUGAUUUCCUUGGGAAAGGAAAAGAAUAUUUCCCAUAAUCAGUAUGACUGGCAAAUGGUCUCAUUAAAGGCUAUAUAUGCAAUCUCCAAUUGUUUGAGCUUUACAAGCAGCACUUCGAAAAAGUUUAUUGCCGUAUCAAUUCCCUUUUUAGUCCAGGUUGUAAUGCACAAUAACAAUAUCAGCAGUCUAAUGCAAAGGUUGAGGUCAAGCAUUAAUGUUGAGUCUGACGGAAAGAGAUUGUCGCGUGUUCAACUGCAAAAAUCGCAUACCCAUCUUAACAACCAGAUUGAAACUGAUUUUGAUAAUGAUGCAUUGACAUUGACUGAUGUCAACGAAGAAGCAAUGAAUGCGUUGAGGGCAUUUUUCAACAGCAACGCCACUUCUCAAAUUACAGAAGUGACAAGAGCAGUAGUUCAGCACGUUUUCACAACAAAUAUUAACUUGGACUGGGGUAUUGUUUUGUUGGAGUUGUGUGUGACGUGGGUUCCUAUUCAAUUGAGGUUUGUUAGUUGCUCUACAUUGUUGGCCACUUUGAACCGUAUCAAUGUCGAAGGUGCCUCCAAGUCAAACUAUCCACUUCAUUUAGCUUACGCUAAACAUUUGUUGGGUUUGCUAUCAUCAGGGAUCAAUAUGAUUGGUUUAUCUAUUUCCGAUAUCAUUCAACAGUUAUUGAAUUUGCAGACUGAUGUCAUUUUAAAGACUAGCGACUUAACCAAAUCGGACAUCGAUGCCUUGACAAACAUAUACUCAGAAUGUAUUUGCAAUGUGACGACACAUAUCUACUACUACGAUCAAGUUCCAGACUCGAUUCAAGAAAUUUUAGUCAAGGUGGAUUAUGUUUUGGACAGCUCAUUUGCUGAUAGUUCCGAACAAACGUCUUCAAGUGAGAGAAUUCACGACCUUAUUGUGCAGUUUUUGGACAAUAUAUCCAAAAUUUUCCUCAUUUUAAAGAGCAAAACCAGUAGUAUAAGCAGGAACCAUGUUAAUCUCGAACAUUGGGAUAUCAGUUUGGGAUUAUUAGCGCCUGACACUGAAUUUGAUGAUGAUAGAAAAACAAUCUUGUCGCUUCAACAGAUUCGAAGUGUACAGGCUAAAUACUUGAAAGUAUUCGAUGAGUUUUUGAACAUUGAGUUAGCUGCUGCGUCUCGUUCAGCCUUUGAGGUUAUCAAGCAACAACAAUAUAAACUGGAUCCCGGGAACGCAAAUGCCCACGUGAUGGAUAAAACAGAUAGCACCAAGGACAAUAAAUUGAACGGCAAAAACUUGAUGGAACCUGAUGUCAACCAAUACAUUACUCAGCAACAAAAUUUCAUUUCUCACUUUUUGAUGUAUGCCGAUAAAUUCUUUGAUGGGUAUGAAGCUCCUAGUACUGAAUUGGUGCUCUUGUUGGUCAAGGUUUUGAAAGAUAUGAUUGAAAUUCUUGGGUUGAACUUUGUUAGUAACUUUAUUCCAUUCUUCCAUCAUGGCGUUUUGAGGUUGGAUAAAACCACAGAAUUCACUCAGAGACAAAUGUAUAAAGAUACAAUUGUGCACAUAUUGUUGUAUUAUAUUUUAAAAGACCUUGAUGAUCAGUAUGAAGAAGAAUUGGAAGGCUAUUGCAAAACUUCGAAAUUAUUCAAGUUGGUUUUAGAUAGUAUCGAAUACAGGAGACAACACGGGUUCUGGAUACAUGGAAUCGAUUCACCACCAUCUGAUUUGGAGAACCUUAAAGGAAAAAGAGUCUUGCCUAAAGAUAAUAACGGAAAUGAUAUAAAACUCCGGAUAAAGAGUGACAAUAUUGAAGAAUAUGCAUGUGGCAACAAUUUCCUCAUCGUUUGGUUGCAUCCUCAAAAGCCUUUAUUGACCGAGAUUGAAAAGCCUCAAGUGUCGACCCACAUGAGUCAAUUUAACAAUGAUUCAAGGAAUACCAAUAACACGGCCUUUAUGGACUUUGACGAAACCCAUUCAGAAGCAGCAGCUGCUGCCGCAGCCACUGCUGCCGCUCAUUCAGACCAUUUUGUACCCCAAUUCAAUAAUCCAACUGGGCUUUCAUCCGAUGCUGCCACUACUGAUUCUGAGCAGGGUUUGUAUACAGGAUUGGGAUUGGGAACAGCAAAAGACAUUCAUUCAAUUCGUUCCGAGAUUUUACAAUACAGUCAGCACUUUCAAGAGAAGGGAAUACCUUAUGCUGCAAAUUAUACCUUGACGAACAAUGGUAAUACUACAUCAACUAUUAGUCGAUUGAAUGGCGACUUGGGUUCCCAUGAUCAGACUAACGGAUCAAUAUACACGUUUAAUACACACGUGACUUUUCCUAGAGUUACCGAUUUGAAAGAAACAUUGAGUGUUAGUAAUUUGAAGGGAGUGUCAAAUGGUAAUGGUAAUUCAAGUAUGGCUGCAAGGCACAUGGAUCAAACUGUGUCUAAUAAUUCAAUUUUGAGUAAGAAUUUAUUAUCUACAGAUGUUGAUUCGAUUCUCGCUGGAUUAGACAGUGAUGACGAAGCUGCAUUUGUGGUUUGA